AUGUCCGCCUUCACUGAAGAACAGACAUCGACAAUGGACCAGAAGCAACAGGAGGGGCAUGUGGAAACCGUGGAGGACAACACGCGCCUCUCUAAACACGGAGUGGGCUUUACGUUCUUUCUGAAUGCCCUCAUCGUCGGAUGUUCCUGGGCAAUGUAUGCCUAUGACAACAAUUUUACCACACCGCUGGUGGCUCUCCCGCGCUUUGUGCAGCACUAUCAGAAAGGGAAGGGAGAUGUAUUGGGCGCGACGCUCUUCUCGGCGAACAACCUGGAUUUCCUCUCAUCAUUUCCCCUAGUUGGGGCUGCCAUCGGCGGAUUCAUUGGAAUGCCUCUCCUCCAAAAGCUGGGUCGAAAGUGGUCUCUGCAGAUAGCAUACGUGGUUUUUUGUACCCCUGGGGCAAUCAUCCAGCUAUGUGCCCCGACCAUUGCGGCUCUUGCUAUUGGACGCUUUUGGAGCAAUAUCGGGAUCAGCCUCGCCAACACAUCGAGUGGACUUUAUCUUUCCGAAAUUGCUCCUGUCAAGAUCCGAGCCCAGAUAAUCGGCUUUGCCAUCAUCGGUUGCAACGCUGUCUCAAUCCUUGCCAUCACACUGGUAUGGGGAACCGAGAAGAUCAAGGAUGACCGUGCCUUCAAGAUCCCAUUUGCUGUUCAACUCGCCAUCCCGGUUUUCCUCUUCUUGAUAACCUUUUUCGUCGUCGAAUCUCCGACCUUCUAUGCCCUGCGAGGACGCAUGGAUGAAGCCCGCAAGACAUUGCUGAAGUUACGCAAAAACAACCCUGCUGCAGUGGAAGCAGAGAUGAUCGCCCUCGAGGAGUUGGCAGUGCGAGGCCGCGACAAGGAAAAGGCUCGGUUCUGGGAUAUUCUCAACAAAGACAACUUACAACGGACCCUAGUCGGGGCCUCUUAUACUAGCUUAAGUCAGGUAUGCGGGCAAGUGCUCACAUUGACAUAUGCUACGGUCCUCUUGGUCCAAAGCGGCAUCGAGGAUCCUUUCGAGAUCACGAUUAUCAUCACCGUGGCCAUAUUCCUGGGCGCGACCGUGGGACUGGUGCUGUUGGACAAGGUUGGCAGAAGACCAAUUGCGUUGACAGGGUUUGUGAUCAUUUUCCUGCUGGACAUUUCGAUUGCCGGCUUAGCCACUGGCGGCCUCGAAACAAAGCCUGAGCGUGUCGCCAUGGCGGCUAUGUUCAUCAUCUUUGGCUUUUUCAACGCCUUCACUUUCCAAUCAAUAAUGCUGUUGGCUCCCUCGGAACUGUCUUCAGUCACACUGCGUGAGGCCAGCUUUGCAUGGGCUGUCUUUUGGAUGUACGUCACGGCUAUCAUCGCGACUUUUGUCGUCCCGCAACUCACGCAGGCUGCCAACCUUGCCGCACGGGCGGACUACAUCUUUGCCGGGUGCACGUUGGUCACGAUUGUAGUGACAUACUUUUUCUUACCCGAAACGAGGGGUCGUUCCCUUGCGGAAAUCGACCACCUCUACGCAACAAAGAUACCGGCGCGAAAAUGGCCCAAGCCAGGAACUGUGAUCCCAGAGACUGUACGAGAGCAGCCAGUGCAAGUCGUCGCAGCAUGA